AUAUUUUCAAACAAUGUAAACAGUUUGGACCUUAAUACAUCCAACAAGGAUAAGUGUGUAGAAGACAAUCAAGAAUUUAUUGCCAUCUGGUUAAGAAUUUUUUGGCACCGUGACCAGAGACAGCAGAAACAAAUCAUGCAAAGUAAUUUGAUCUAUGGAAGCGAUUAGGUUAAAGUAAGCUAUAAAUAUUGGCAUAAAAAAUACAAGUCAUACUUUGGCAAUUCAUCUGAAUUCAUAGCACAUGAUGAAGACAAUUUUUGCAAGGUUGGCGAUAAGGUGGUCAUCAAACAUUGCUAAAAAACAGGUGGGAAGUAUUACUAUGUAAGAAAUGUGGUCAUUCCAGUGGGUAGGAAUCCAUCGCAUGAGUAUGAUGAGGUGAUGAACGAGCUCUAGUAAUAUUUGUUGCUUAUAAUUAAAUUAGAAAUAUUAGAACUCAAUUGGUUUAAUCGGGGUUGUGAUUUAUUAUUAAUACAUAAAAAUAUUUACAAAUAA